AUGUCUCUUUCAAGAUUAAGUGAAGUUGGAGCAGGUGAAGCAAAUGGUCACGUGGGGCCAGAGCGUCUUAGCCAUUCACUGCCUGGCAGUCCGGCUGACCGUAGACUUGCUUCCUUCGAAGUCGUAGGCUCUGCGGAAAGCCUGGUAGGCCGAAUCCUAGCCGAACAAGGCUUAGGUAAGUACUGUGAUCAGGAUUUUGUGCGCUACACCUCGAAAGAGAUGCAAGAGGCAUUGGAUAUGACUCAGGAGGAAAUGGAUCGUGCAGCACACCAGAUUCUUCAACAGGAGAAACUUAUACAUCAUCCUUUGCAGCAGCCACAUUCAUAGCAAAACACCUGAGAGUGUUUUCAGUACCUCCCGCCACUCUACCAAGUGCCUAAAUUUCUUCUGGUCCAAGGAAGACUUUAUAUUAAUAAGGUGUAGUUUUUUAACCCGGAUUUUACCGAUGGAAGGGAUUGUUUCUCCAGUUGUAAUUCUUGUACAGGGUGUGAAAGUAUGAGUAUGAACUCUCAUUAUAAUUUACCAUUUUCUAAUAUCAAAUGUGUCAAAAUAAUAAUAACAAUAAAUAUUACUUUUCAUCU